ACUCGGUGCUGGAAACAUGAAUGUGUUCUUCCUAUCCUCUAUUUUGUUCACUUAUUCAUUCACUGGAGGAGCGGAGAGGCUGGGGCGGCCCAGCGGGUGCUGGUUCAAUGGAGGUCUUUACUAUAGCGGAGACACGAUAGCCACGUACAGCGCCUACUGCACGGCUUUGGUUUGCUGGGGCGACAGGGUGAAGUUGGAGGCCAUCAGACGAUGUCGGUGCAAAGAAACUAGUCGAAAUUCUCCGGAUGAACUUCUGGAACAUGAAUGGCUUCCAGCAAACAAAGAUAAUAUUCAUUUGGACCUAAUGGAAAUAAUGAAAAGGCCUGCUUGGAACGACACCUUGCAAAUUUUUCUGUCUGGUAUCUUGAAAUAUUCUGCUGCUAAAAAAGUUCGAAAGUUCACGAAGCCCAUUGCUGUUUUACAACCAUCAACAUCCAAGCAGGGUUUGCGCAUAGGAACCUCAAAGUUUUCUCAAAGUUUUAGUGGCAGAUUUCUAGCCGAAAACAUGACUUCAGUAGAUCCAAAAUAUUUUCCUUGGCCCGGAGGUUCAACUGGGAUGUACCACGGCCAUUGUCAAUACGACGGCAGGUACCCACACGUUACGGAAGUCCUGGCAAUCAUUCCUGAGAAUUGCGUACGACUUGUUUGUAUAUUGUCACAUGGAUAUGGACAUCCUGCUCUUCAAGUUCAAGCUCGAGUUGGAUGCAAGUGCUGGAACUCGAGGUUGACUACCACUUCUUCACUAGAGACGACCACCAGCACCGCGGUUAUCGGUACAGGAAGUUAUCAGACCAGUAGCUCCCUCAUUUUUGAAACCACUGGCAGUUCUGGGUCAGGUGGCAUCAGUUCUGGCUCAGGAGGUAUGAGUUCUGGCUCAGAAGGUAUGAAUUCUGGGUCAGGAGGUAUGAUUUCUGGGUCAGGUGGCACGAGUUCUGGGUCAGGAGGUAAGAUUUCUGGGUCGGGAGAUAUGAGUUCCGGCUCAGAAGGAAUAAGUUCUGGGUCAGAAGGUACGAGUGCUGGGCCAGGGAAUAUAAGUUCUGGGCCAGGAAAUAUGAGUUCUGGGUCAGGUGGCAUGAGUUCUGGGUCAGAAGGUAUGAGUUCUGGGUCAGAAGGUAUGAGUUCUGGGCCAGGAAAUAUGAGUUCUGGGUCAGGAGGUAGGAGUUCUGGGUCAGGUGGCAUGAGUUCUGGGUCAGGUGGCCUGAGUUCUGGGUCAGGUGGUAUGAGUACUGGUUAUAUUGUCACAUGGAUAUGGACAUCCUGCUCUUCAAGUUCAAGCUCGAGUUGGAUGCAAGUGCUGGAACUCGAGGUUGACUACCACUUCUUCACCAGAGACGACCACCAGCACCGCGGUUAUCGGUACAGGAAGUUAUCAGACCAGUAG